AUGGCACCGCUCCCUCAAGAUAGAUGUACGAUAACUCCGGCAUUUCACGUCACGGGCAUAGACUUUGCAGGGCCUUUUGACAUUAAGAGUUCGCCACUACGCCGUUCCCCUCUCUUAAAGGGUUAUGUCAGCAUCUUUGUAUGCUUCGCCACGAAAGCCGUACAUCUGGAACCAUGCUCGGAACUUUCCACGGCGGCAUUUGAGGCCGCUUUUGCUCGUUUUCUUGGGAGACGAGGCCUACCUCGGAAGGUAGUUUCGGAUAAUGGUAGGAAUUUCGUUGGUGCCAGUCGCAAGCUUCUACGGGAUUUCAGGAGUUUUAUCCAAGUAGUAGCAAGCGAUAUAUCUGAGAAAUACUCGACACAGGGGUUUGAAUGGCAAUUUAUACCGCCCCAUGCUCCACAUAUGGGUGGACUUUGGGAGGCAGCCGUUAAGAGCUUCAAACACCACUUUAAACGAGUGGCUGGAGCUCACUUGUUCACCUUCGAACAGUUUGCUACCGUUCUUGCGCGGAUCGAAGGAGUCUUGAACUCACGUCCAAUUUCCGCCGUCUCUGAGGACCCGAACGACCUCACAGCUUUGACUCCCGGGCACUUUUUGAAGGGUUCGCCAAUCAUGUCAUUUCCGGAGCCGAAUGCGCAAGACAUAUCCCUGAUAAAUAGAUGGCUAAGGCUGAAGGCGAUACAUCACCAGUUCGCUACACAAUGGAAGGAAGAUUACCUCAAGGCUCUUCAUAAACGAUAUAAGUGGAAGAACACUUCUCCUAAUGUAAAGAUCGGUGAUCUUGUAGUCGUAAUUGACGAUUUGCUGCCCCCUAGCGACUGGCGAUUGGGGAGAGUAGUUAAGACUCACGCUGGGUCCGAUAGCAAUACAAGAGUUGCGGAGAUAAAACAUGCCUGGUCAAGAUAUGUACAAAUGCCAUCUAUGUAA